ACCAUAACCAUGACCUCGCAUGAGUUCGUGACCACGUACUUGCCUCGCUGUCGGUGUCGAAGAAGCUCAGGCUGGCACUCUGGGUCGUUUCCUCGCCCUCGCUCGCUCACCUAAGACUGGACGCCUUAGCCAGCGGGGGUUGAGAAAUGAGUGUCGCGCCUGGAGUUGUCCCCCAUUCCUGCUUGUACACGGAGUGCCCCAUGUUCUCAGCCGUGGUUCUUUGUGAUACAUAUAGUCGGCCACGAACGUUCGUUCGUCUUGAAUCUCGUCCUCCUCCACGUUUUUCCAACUCCGUCAUGAGGUCCAUGAUCAUCGUCUGGCUCCUUGUGAACUCAAUUGUAGUCCUGCAGACCUUUUUGCGCGCGAACAAGGUCUGGUGCGUGGCACUGUUGACACCGUCGAUCACAAUCGUGUGCUGGGACACGGCUGGCCCAAUAGGCUCCUGUUCGUGUAGAAGUGCGGAUCUUUCUUUUGUCUCGCGCCUCUAUCCUGGUGCCCGCUCUUGUUCCGUUAUUGUUUAGAGUCUGAACGAGUUGAUCUCCAUAAUCCUCUGGUCGGUAGCGAUACUUCUGCUCGCCUUCGUGUUCGAGUCGAUCGUUUGGGCAUACGCGGCUUCGUUCUAGUUCGCAUCGUCGAUCUUCUUGCCACUCUCAAGUCCAUGGGCAUCUCCAUGGCUUCGAUCUCGUG